UCUGAUUGUGUUGGCAAAUCAACUACUGAUUCAAAUUUCGAACAAAAAGAAACCAAAUUGCAGCCAAAAUGGCGGACGAAGAAACCAAACCCACCGCUACCAAGCACAAGAUUUCCGAGUCCAGUAACGAAGAGAUCUGUCCAGACACCGCCGCGUCCGCAAGUCCAGAGGAGGAGUCCUACAAAAUCAUCGCCGCCAUCGACUUCGGAACCACCUUCAGCGGGUACGCCUACGCUCUGACGUCUAACAAGGAGACCAUUUACACCAAUCGAAACUGGGGACAGACGCAGGGAUUCCUUCUACAGAAAACACCCACGUGUCUUCUAUUGAAACCCAAUGGCGAGUUUGCAGCUUUUGGAUUCGAAGCCGUAUCCAAAUACAGCGAUCUGACUGAGGAAGAGGCAGCAGAACAUUAUUACUUUGACCGUUUCAAAAUGAAACUGUAUGAUAACAAGAUUCUGAGUACGGAGAUAGUCGUUCAGGACGUGAACGGCAAGGAACAACUGGCAGUGGACGUAUUCAGUCAAUCGUUGCUCUUUAUGAAGGGGCACCUGUUACGUCAGCUGGCGGGAGCUAUGGGUUACGAACCGGACGCCAAGACUAUUAGAUGGGUCAUAACUGUGCCAGCAAUCUGGGACGAAAAUGCUAAACAGUUUAUGAGAGAAGCGGCUUACAAGGGAGAACUGAUAGACAAUACCCAUAGUAACCAACUGCUGAUCGCCCUUGAACCCGAGGCUGCGUCCUUGACCUGCAGAACCAUUCAGGCCAACAACUUUGUAGACAACAUGGAUAAUCAGACGCCCAAACCAACAUUUGAACCAGGAACCAAAUACAUAGUAGUCGACGCCGGAGGUGGGACGAUAGAUAUUGUUGCACACAAGGUGAGGAAGGACGGUAAAAUUCGCGAGCUCUUCCGCGCCACGGGAGGUGCGUGGGGUGGUACCGUAAUAGACCAACAGUUUAUUAACCUCUUGUUUCGAAUCUUUGGGGAGGAAUUCAUUAAUGCUUUUCAUUCCCAGUUCCCAAAAGACUAUGUGGAAUUGCUGCAAGAUUUUGAAAUCAAGAAACGCGGCGAGAGUGAGAGCGUGAGAGUUUCCCUUCCCUACAACUUCUGCAAUUUUUCCCACGAAGGAAAAUCAGUGCAAGACUGUAUAAAACACUACUCAGAAAAAUCGGGCCCAUCAGUGAAGUUUUCUUCAGGGAAACUAGUGUUAUCCUCCGAAACAGUCGACUCUCUUUUUAAAGACCCCCUUGACCAAAUCAACGAUCACAUUGAGAACUUAUUAAAACGUCCCAAACUCCGCGACCUUAACUACAUUUUUCUUGUGGGAGGGUUUGCGGAGUCUGCAAAGCUACAGUCUUCCAUCAAGAAAGCGUUCAGUGAUAGAGUUACCGUUCUUGUGCCUGAAGAAGCGAGUUUGGCGGUUGUGAAAGGCGCCGUGGCAUUCGGCUGCGAUCCCAGCUCCAUCUGUCAGAGGAUAUGUCGUUACACAUACGGAGUUGGAUCCUACCUGCCAUUUGAGGACGGCAAGCAUCGAGAUGAUCUGAAAGUCGUCUCAGAUGAAUUAGUGUUGUGUAAAAACAUACUGCAGGUGUGGGCAGAGAGUGGCGAGGUUAUCGGACAUAAUGAAGUUUGGCGGGAAACCUACACACCCAUCAUCACCAAUCAGAGAGGGAUCAUAUUCGAGUUUUUCAAGUCGGCGAAGAAGAACGUCCAGUACACAGACGAGGAUAGCGUAGAGAAGUGUGGCUGUCUAGUGGUAGAAAUGCCCGACAUGACGGGGGACAAAGAGCGUGCAGUCGACCUUGAGGUCAUUUUUGGCGGGACAGAGAUCAAGGUCGUAGGAUACGAUCACACUAGCAAAACUCAUCGGGAGACCUAUAUAGACUUCCUUACUGCUUGACACAAAGAUCAGUAGACGAUGUGAGCAUACCAGUAUCAACAUGAAAACCCAAGUAUAACCGGUAUCAACUCAAGCCUCAAGUGUAUCAAAUAAGUGCUUAUUCAUCAAUGCUUACACCAAAUGUGUUCAUCCUCAGCUGCUGCUUUUACUUUAAGUCAGCAUUACAUUCCACGAAGUAAUUCACUGCCCUCUCCUUGUGAAUCUUGUAAUUAUAGCUU